AUGACUCAUAUGCAUGACGCCCGUAGCAAUAGCCGGCAGAUGCCUGAGAAAGACAGAUUAAAACGAGUUAAGCUGUCCAUGGCGCGUAUCAAGGUGGUCAUUGGAGAAAGAGACAGGUCGGUUAAGGCAAUUCACGUGGAAGAAAACAAUGAGGGUGUGAAACGAGCAGAGAAGAGAAAGGCGAAGUUUGCCGUCUACCAAGAGGCGCUGAGAAAGAGGGCGGAGAAGAAUCUCCUAAAGCGCGGCGCCAUCACUACGAAUGGAUUCGUAGAAAAGUCUAUUAGAUUAACUAGUCGUGCUGAGAAAGCCACGCAUGCAAAGAGAAACGAGGCCGCUACGGCAACACCUACUGAAACAACGACUACAUCUCAGAAGGAAAAGUCUGUCGACGAAAAGGCGUCUACUGCCGAGGCUAAUGUGGUAAAGAAAACUGGUGAAGAGAAAAACUAG